CUGAAAUAGACAAGCCAAUAGAAGCUGCAGGACUAAAAAAGGGUGGAGAAAAGAAGGCACAAACCUGAAGAGGGUUGUGGUCAAAUGAAGAGAAGAGAUCUGUGCUACAAGAUGGUCACAGAUGCAAGGAAAUGGCUUUUAUCUUACAGAGAAUACCUCAAAGAUUGAUUUAAGUAGAUCAUUUUGACUUGUAUUUGGUUACCUGCUCAUCUGUUGCCCUGGACCUGUUGAGGAAGACAAAGGGCCGGCGCAGGGUCACCAGCAGGAGGAGAAGAAGGGCGGUGGCCAGGUCGAGCAGGAAGCUUGAGCGCCGACUCAGAGGCGUGAUGAGGACGGCUCGUAGGGCGAGCAACGUGGAGGUGCCCUCCUUCCUCCGCCAGCUGGUUAAAGAAACCGAGAAGAUGGUCACCUUCUUCUUCAAAGGCGGGGUGAGGGAAAAGGGGACGGAGGAGGACGAGGAGGACAACGGUGACGACGAGGACGGCAUGCACAGCCCGUACCUGGAGCGGCCCGUUUUGGAGAAGCAAGUGUCCGAGGGUGGGUCCCAGUCUGGGCUGAACUACGCGGUGGCGAGCAUGCAGGGAUGGAGGGCUCAGAUGGAGGAUGCGCAUGCUUGCAUGCCUCAGAUGAGAGGAGAGCUGAGCGAGUGGGCCUAUUUUGCUGUGUUUGACGGCCAUGCAGGAACCACCGUGGCACAGUACUGCUCCAGGAACCUGCUGGACCACAUCUUGGCGACAGGUGGGGUUAAAGCAAGUGAAGACCCCGAGCAGGUAAAGGAGGGCAUCCGUGACGCAUUCCUGAACUUUGACAGCCACAUGCACAAACUGGCCCGCCAAGACAACUGGGAUCGAAGCGGCACCACGGCAGCAGCGGUCAUGAUCUCCCCGCGCUAUGUCUACUUCAUCAACUGCGGGGACUCACGCACUCUCCUUUGCCAUAACGCCCAGCUGGUCUUCUACACGGAGGACCACAAGCCCUUCAACCCCAGGGAGCGGGAGCGCAUCCAGAACGCUGGCGGCUCCGUGACCCUGCAGCGCGUCAACGGCUCGCUGGCCGUGUCCCGAGCCCUCGGAGACUUCGACUUCAAGGAAGUGGACUGGAGGCCGCAGACGGAGCAGCUGGUGUCGCCCGAGCCUGAAGUUUACGAGAUGGAGAGGACAGCCCAGGACGAGUUCAUCAUACUGGCCUGCGAUGGUGUUUGGGAUGCCAUCGGCAACGAGGAACUAUGCGCCUUCGUGCGCAGCCGGCUGCAGGUGUGCGACGACCUCAGAGAAAUUUGUACGCAAGUCAUCGACCUAUGUCUCUACAAGGGCAGCUUGGACAACAUCAGCGUCAUUAUAGUGUGCUUCCCGGGCGCCCCCCAGCUGUCAAAGGAGGCACUGCAGAAGGAAGCAGCUUUGGAGCAACACAUUGACAUGAAAGUGAAAGAAAUCAUCCAGAUGAUGAGGUCCAAAGACGAAGACCCGGAUCUUUUGUACGUGAUGAAAUUCCUGGCUGAAGAGGAGAUACCAGGACUUCCACCAGGGGGAGGCAUCACCAGCAAGCGGGACUGUAUCAUCUCAUCUUAUCAGAAACACGUUGUAACUCUUAGGACUCAUGAACCAAUGGACAUUGGCGGAUCCGAAGAGGACUCUAAUUAAAACCAUUACCAUGAAAACUGAAGCAGCAACCACAUUUUAUGAAACAUUCUGUGUCGUUAUCCUGGAUAUACAUACAAAAUAAUAUUUGUUACUUCCCCUUACUGUGACAGUGACCAACUGGUUUCAGGUUAGAAGCGUCUGUAUAUGGCAGCGAAUUAUAUACUCACACAGUUGGGCACAUCUACACAACGUGACACAAGAGUUCCAUGAAAAUGUUUGCAUUUACAAAUGCAAUGAUGCUCAUUUUUAAGUAUUUACUGAAGAAUAUGUUUUGGAAUAAAGUCAUCAGGAAUAAGUGGCAAUAAAAUGUAUAUACUGUACAGUGGGUGAGCUGCACGGCGGAUGAGUGGUUAGCGCGCAGGCCUCACAGCUAGGAGUUCUCCCCGUGCAUGCGUGGGUUUUCUCCGGGUACUCCGGUUUCCUCCCACAUUCCAAAAACAUGCUAGGUUAAUUGGCGACUCCAAAUUGUCCAUAGGUAUGAAUGUGAGUGUGAAUGGUUGUUUGUCUAUAUGUGCCCUGUGAUUGGCUGGACCCCAGUCGAGGGUGUUACCCCGCCUCUCGCCCGAAGACAGCUGGGAUAGGCUCCAUGACCCCGCGCAACCCUCGUGAUAAGCGGUAGAAAAUGAAUGAAUGUACAGUGGGUGCCUUGGUUGACAUUGUGAAUCCGUUCCAGAAGGUUCGACUCAAACCAAAACAGACUCUAACCAAAGCAAUUUUUGUUUGACUAUGUUUGACUCCCUGGUGCAAACUAAAGUAAGUUGAAUGCUUAAGUUUUGUUGUUGGCACCACAAAUGUCAUGGAUGUAAAAUGAGACGCGUCACCCUCGAUGCGCCGCCGGGUGGAUAAACUGGGAAAAAAACUCUAAAACGGGAAGUGGAGGUGUGUCUGCGUGUACGCGUGUGCACCGCAGCCAAUGACGGAGCCACCUUCAGGCCACACCUCUGAAAUGACGAGGUUCUUCUCUGGAGGUCUUGCAACCAACGUCUUUCCCUGUUUGUGUAUUUUGUCAGGUGGUGUAUCUCUCUCUAGUGCAGCAAGAUGGGACUAUAAACAAACUCUGUUGCUCGAAAAUGGCGCCAGCGGCCCACACUGCAUUGCACGAUCACAUGCAAGGAUCACAUCCAAGCGGGCUAAUGCAAGUCAAAACAAAAUGGAUGUUAACGGAAAAAUCUGCUAUCCAGGGCAGAUGUUAACUGAGGUACCACUGUAUAGUAAUUAAUUAAUUGAGUGCUAGUUAAAAUGUAUGAGAUUUUAUUAAUUUAGAAAGUAAUGUGAAUUAAAUUCAAAAUAAAUUAGCAUUUUAAAAUAAAUAUAUACAACAUUUCUACAGCAAUAACCACACUAAUAAAAAUAUUAAUUAAUACCACCAAAAUUUUACAUUUUUAUCUUUAUAAGGGAAAAUUGUGCAGAUGUACCUAACCCGAAUUAGUGAUCUCCUGCACAAUAAUCAGUGUUGUUCACAUUCUAGUUCAUCAUGCAUGCAGAGAUACAGUGUGGCCUCCUCAGUAAUAAGUUCACAUGAUGCUGUCAGGGUCAAAGGGUGAGCAGGAUGGCAAAAAAUAAAUAAAUCAACAAUGCACCAGCAGGCUGGAGAGAGUGUGAUACAAGAAAUUAGCACAUGCACGUCUCAUUAAGGGCUGCAAGGCACUUUGGAAGGCUGAGUCACUUGAUACUGUCAAAUUGGAUGUGAUGUACUCUGCAAAAAAAUCCCCGAAUGGUAAAUACCGUAUUUGUGUGAAACAUCUGAAAUAAAAGUUGAAAGUCUGUACUUUAAUCGCAUCUU